GCAAGUAACCUCUUUGACGCGUCUUCAGCAGAGACUUUUAUUUUGACAAGUUUCAGACUUCCCGGGAAAUAACCAUUUUAUUCGAACACUUUCGAUAUGGAGACGAUCGCAUUCAUUUGUGUUAUUACUUUAUUACUCAAGGGUGUUGUGACAGAUGAGCCAGUGUCAGUGAUGGAGGGAGAUUCUGUUACUCUACACACUAAUAUUAAAAUACAGAGAGAUGAUCUGAUAGAGUGGAGGUUUGGAGAUCAACAGGAUCUCAUAUCAAGAAUCAACAGGGUCGCCGAUUCACUCAGCAUAUAUGAUAAUGUUCUUGAUGGGAGAUUCAGAGACAGACUGCAGGUGAAUAAUCAGACUGGAGAUCUCACCAUCACAAACAUCACAACUCAACACACUGGACUUUAUCAUAUAGACAUCAGCAGUGAGACUAUCAUGAUAAAGAGAUUCAGUUUCUAUGUGUCUGGUGAUACAGAUAAAGUGAAAACAGUGAUGAUGGGAGAUUCUGUCGUUAUGCACAAUAAUGUUAUCAAGAAACAAGGAGAUGAGAAGAUGGUGUGGAGGAUUCAACACAACAACUCUCCUGUAGCUGAAAUAAUCAGAAAUGGAAAGGAGGCAAAUGAUAAAGUUCUUGAUGAGAGAUUCAGAGACAGACUUCAGGUGGAUGAUCAAACUGGAGAUCUCAUCAUCACAAACAUCAGACCUGAUGACUUUGGAUCUUAUGAAGUCAAUAUCACUGUCGGCAGUCACACAUAUACUAUACACAGAUCAUUCACUGUCACUGUAAAUGGUGUUUAUCCACAGAAAGAUCAUCUUGAAAGUAAUGAAGAUGAAGAUCAGUCUCCUAGUAGCUCUCCAGGUGUUAUAGCAGCAGUCUGUGUUGUUCUUCUGGUUCUUGCUGGUGCUGGUGCUGUCUUACUUUACAGACGUCGCUCUAGGACUCCUGGGGUAAGAGUCCGCACAGAAGAUCCGGGCAUCGAGCUCCCGCAACAGUGA